AUGAUGACACGGUUGACCAUCAACGAAGGGAACAGAAACAACGGAGGAUGCAAAGGAGUCGCAGGAAGGAAAUAA